GUGUUCUUCAGGACCAAUGGGGCCAUCACUAAGGGCUUUGAGCAGGACGUGGGCUCUCGGACCACCCACUACACGUUCUCCACCAACACAAUGAGGAACUCCAUGAGGGCCUACUCCGGUGCUGGGUUUAGAGGCCCCCCUAAGUCUAGUGAAACCCGAUACGUUUUUCUGCCGGACCACGGCCGUGAUUACCUGCUGAUGAAGGCUGCGGCAACACACACAAAAGUAGAGACAGGACCUGAGCGGAACAAAAAUCCAUCCGACUACUUUGGAGCGGAUGUGUCAGCAAAAAAGCUGAAGAUAUACCAUCCUGAUUUCAUCCGUUACCUCAGAAACAGGUUCCUUCGAUCUCAUACCAUGCAAACCAAAUUUAGGAACAUUUACCGUCCGUCAACGGGUGCUGUGAUGCUGUUGGCUGCUCUGCACACCUGCGACCAGGUGGAAUUCAGUGUUACUUUAAGAAAUAGUCACUGUCAGUCAGUUGUGUGUUUACUGUAGGGCAA